UUGUUAAAACACCUUUGGCUUCUAUCCUUAUUACAUAAUUAAACCUUCGCAUGGAUUAUAAUGUAACACAAGUUUCCCCCUUUAAAAUGGGUGUCUUUAUCGCAAGAUCCAAACACAGUCGCCAGGGUAAAUUGCUGUCAUCCAUCUUGCAGUCCAGAGGAAACCCACCACAGAUAGAGAACAAAAUAGUUGUAGGCCUAAGAAAGUGAAAUUUACCACCAGCACUUAAUAUUGGUGAUAUUUAUUUAUUUUUUUACUUUUUGACACCCACCAAACAAGACCUUAAUCAGACUCAAAGUUGAACCAGUCACCCUAAACUCAACAUCCUUAUCUGCUUGUGUACGUGUUUAGAUGAACUGAAUUUCUAAAAACUAUGGAUGGAAGAUGAGAAAAAUAUGAAGCUGCCGUUUUAUCUCAGAACACAGAAAGUGUUCACCCUUUUGCAGAGAGAAUGAAACCUCGUGGAGGUUGGAGAUUAUCACAAGGUGACAAAAGGACCUGUCAUAAAGCUACACAGCUGAUAUACAAAUACCAGCCCCAUACGCAACCAAGUCCCUUUAUAUUCACCCAGCGUUAUUAAUCAUUUACUUUACACAGUGAGUCAACUGUAUCAACACAGUUCUUAGUUUCCCUCAAUCAUGUUGCAACCCUUCACUACUUGCUUCACCUUUCUCCACCAAAAAACCAAAUUCCUCCUCAAUCAGUCAAGAAGAAGAUCCAACAACAGAUUCUCUUCAAUUUCUGACUUUUCAGUCUCUUCUUUCCUUCACAUGGAGGUUUCUAGCCAGUUUCAACAAGUUUUCAAGUUUAUUGAUUCCAAUGGUGAUGGGAAGAUAUCAGCCACUGAGUUAAGUGAACUGCUUUUAUGCCUGGGAUCAUACAAUAAGUGCACAGCAGCUAAAGAAGCUGAGGGCAUGGUCAGGGUGUUGGACUUCAAUGGAGAUGGGUUUGUAGACUUGGACGAGUUCAUAGUUGUCAUGAAUGGCAUCAGAGAAGAAAUCAAUAAUGAUGUUGGAAGUAGCAAGCAGCAAGAGGAUUACCUCAUGGAUGCUUUUCUUGUAUUUGACACUGAUAAGAAUGGCCUAAUCUCACCUAAGGAGCUACGUAGAGUUUUGCUCAAUCUAGGAUGUGAUAGUUGCAGUCUCAGAGAUUGUGAGCGUAUGAUCAAAGGGGUUGAUAAGAAUGGAGAUGGGUUUGUGGAUUUUGAAGAAUUUCGAUCCAUGAUGAAAACAGGACUUACCAACUAACAAGAGCUUGAAACAUGGGUUGUUUUGUGCUGCAUUUCAGUGUUAGUUUCUUUCUUGUUCUGUUUACUUCACUCACGUGUUCUCUGUCCUUAUUGCUCCUAAAGAUUGUUUUAUUGGAUGAUAGGAGAGGUUAAACAUCAGAAUAGUUCAACAGCCUUCUGAUUAAGCUGGUUAAUUAGUUUAGAGGAGGAUAAUUAUUGUAUAUUAUUCUGUUUAGAUAGAUAAUGCCUUUUGAGCAUGGGAAUGAUAGUGUGACACCUAGUAAAAAGAGGAUCUGGUUUCUCUAAUUUCUUAUCAUUGUCUAUGUCCUUUAUUUUCUUGGGAUACUUCAUAAUAAAGUGGACAAAAUCAUAUGAUUUUGUAUCUUCCAGUCUCA